AUGUCCACAUCUCCCAGAGAAUCGGCGGGUGCCCCAACCGCGUUCUCCGCAUACGCCAGCAGAUUCCUUGCUAGCAGCAGGACCGGUGGCAACCAGCAGCCAACCGCAAGCGAGAUCUUCCGACCUCCAUCCCCCGGCUCCCCGUCUCACGACCCGUUUCUACCAUCGCCAACUGCAUCGCAGUCACUUCCUCGCCUGGCAGGCUCGUCGAGGUCAUCGUCGCCGGAACGGACGCCACCAUUCCCAGGCGUCGGCAUCGAUGGCAUCCCGUCAAUUGCCGAUCUGGAGGACAGUCGGGCAGGUGGCGAAAGCAGCGUAGGUGUUGGCCUCUUGUUUGACGCUCCGGUCGUGGAACGCAUUGCAAAGACUCGUCCAGCACUGCCCGACCCGUACGGAGCCUCGUCCGACAGCGAGGGGGAGAUGGAGGCAGACUUGGAUCAGGUCGCGCAGGUUCGCCGCUCGUUGCUUCGACCGCAGGCACAAGAGGACCGCGGUCAGCGCAACGCGAGGGCCAAGAAAGGAUGGCUUGCGUACCAGAGCGUCUUUCCUUCGUCGUCUGAAAGCGAGGCAUCCGAGAGUGACAAGGAGACCGAAGCCGACUCGGAGGACGAGCGCUUUGGCAUGAUGGGCCAGUCUCGCCGCCGUUCUCACCCGGCGGACAGCCUCAGCCUGGUUCCACAGCUCCCCACCGCAAGCGAAACGUUGGAAGAGCCUCUCCUCGGACCCGACGAGAUCACGCACAUGACCACCAAGGUGCCAGUACGACUCCAGGUCUACCAUGGGCGCUUCGGUCACUGGGAACGUGAAGGACUGCGAAAGUACAAGGACCCAGGUUUCCUGGCUCUUUGGCUGUCGACAAUACUCGCAGUUUUGUUUGGGCUGUUGUUUGUCUGGGGUUCUUCAAAUCCCCCCAAGGGUGCACCAACGACCGGUCCACCCUCCGUCAUCCCUCUACUCCCUCUCCUCAUUGCCCUCAUCAUCCCCUCCCUUAUCCUCCCGCCAUUCUUCCUCUUUCUCCUCAGCAAGACUGUCCGACCUGUCCUCAUGGCCACCGCUGCCGCAAUUCCCUUUUCAUUGUUCAUCUGCGGCUGGUGGGCAAUUGGUGCCAGCUUUGAGAGCAUUGGGGAUGUCGACCAGCAAGACCGGUGGUGGGCCACGACCGGAAUGCGCCUUGGAGCCGUUCUCUGCUGGAUUAUGGCAGCAUUGUUCGCUCGACUUGUGUGGCUGCGUCGACGCAAGCUGGAGCGCACCGUGUCGGUUGUCGAGCUCUCGACUCACCUUCUCCUACGCCACCCGCCAAUGCUCCUCCUCACCCCUCUCCUGCUCGCAAUCUUCGCAGUUACCUCCAUACCCUUCCUAACGAUGCUCAUUCGGCUUGGGAUGAUCGGGUACUGGGGCCAAAGCCCGCGAGAGGACACCUGGGCAUUCCACAUCUACCCGUACGCGGGAUGGCUCAUGUUCCUCGUCACCGUCGGUUGGGUCUGGACCUGGGGUGUGCUCCGUGGCAUCGGCCGUGUGGCUGUAUCCGGUGUCGUUGGCGAGUGGUACUUCCACCGUGAGAACAGCCUCGACCCACUCGAGGUCACCACCGCCGCUGUACAUCGCGCCACUGGCACGUCCCUUGGCUCAAUCUGCCUAGGUUCCCUUAUUGUGGCCACUGUCCGUGUCGUGGGCCGCAUUGCCAACGAGCUCAAGCGUAUUACAUCGCCCCGAUCCAAGGUGCUUCCCAACGCUCUGUCUUUCCUCCACAGCCUCACCCCGAUUCUCACCAUGAUCGCAAGCGUUCUCGACCAGCUCAAUGGCUACGCUCUCGUAUACGUCGGCAUCACUGGCGAGUCUUUCUGGCCUAGCGCUCGACGGGCUGUGGGUCUUGCCAGCCGCAGGAACAGCGGCAAGCUGCUUGACUACACUCUCAUCAAGCUGCUUCUCACCCUGAGCUCCACUGCUACCGGCUUCUUCACUGCGACCGCUGGAUAUCUUUACAUGGCCCACAGCCUAGGCCACCCCAGCUAUGCGCCAGUCGCCGCACUCCUUUGUGGUGGCGUUCCUUUCCUUGCCAUCCGAUCUGGAGCUGCUGUUCUGGGGGAUGCGGCCGACGCGCUGUUCAUAUGUCACCAGAUCGACAAUGAGAGCGGUGGAAGCCACUGCGAUGAAGCAAAGAAAGCCUUUGCUGGUGGACCUUUCCGUGGAGACGACCUGGUGUAA